AUGGCGGAGGCGGACAGCAACGAGGGCCUAGAGAUGCUCAACAACUGGAAGGAGUACAAACACAGCGACAAGACCAAGGCCAAGGACGAGCCUGUGUGCGACUCCGGGUGCAUCGGCCUGUGCCCGUACGAGCAGGACAUCUUACCGCCCAUCGCGACCUCGCUGGCGUACGCCCCCCACGAAGUGCUGCGGGUGCACGCCCAGCGUCCAGAUCCUGAGCCAGGAUAUGGCUAA